UCUGCAAAAAAUAAAUAUUGUUUUUUUUCACUUUUCUGAAGCCGGCAUUAAAAUCAGACUCAGUCAGCCCGGGACCCUGCCCUUUCUCUCGCAGUAGGGAAUAUCCAUUCAUACACAUAAGCCGGCGCCGGCAUUGUCAUCCCGGAGCUCUACCGAAAGAUCUUGUGCUGCUCCACUCCCGGCUUCCUUGGCCUGCCUAGUGGGUCCGCCUGCAACAUCGGUGCAUAGGCGGGACCCGUCUGGACCAUUCCGCCUUUUUAUUUUUUUUUAUUUGGAAGGAUAAUUCUAAUCUUCCAAAUUCCCAGAAGGGCAUCGCGAGCUGUGAAUAGUCCCAAGGUUGUGCGUCGCUGGCAUUGAUAAGUCCUUGCUCAGGGGACAUACAGUGACGACUAUGGCUGCUAAGACCGGUGACAGCUACCCGGACGAGAAAGCCGUUGUAGCCACCCAGGCUCCGACUUCGGACGAGUCGGUGACUAGCCGCGAGGUAGCCACGGAUAAUGAACAGAACCAAGACGAGGACAAGCCACAGCUGCCCUUCUCUAAAGCAAGAUGUAUCGCCCUGGUAGCCACGGUUACUGGGGCCAGUUUCAUGAACACCCUCGGGAUCCAAGCCGUUGUCAUCAUCUUGCCAACAAUAGGCAGAGACUUGGAUAUUCCCUCGGCUAGAGUCCAGUGGAUCAUCUCGUCGUAUACCCUCACGUUUGGGUGCUUCCUCUUGUUCUGGGGCAGGAUUGGCGACAUCUUCGGCAAACGCAAGAUCUUCAUAUGGGGCUCCGCCUGGGUGGCUGUGGCAACCGCCAUCAACCCCUUCUUGCCCAACGAGAUCGCUUUCAACCUGUUCAGGGGCCUCCAGGGCCUGGGAGCGGCUGCCAACGUCCCCACGGCUAUCGGGAUCUUGGGAACGACUUUCCCUCCGGGGAAGGCCAAGAACUAUGCGUUUACAGUCUAUGCUGCUGGUGCGCCCCUUGGGAGUAUAUUUGGAAAUAUCCUUGCCGGCUUUAUUGCUGGAUACACCAGCUGGAAAUGGGUCUUCGGUGUCACAGCGAUACUAGCAGCAAUCGUCCCGGUCGCCGCGAUUUUCGUCAUCCCACCGCCGAAGCACACUCUGCACCAGGAAGGCGUCACAGCGAGGGCCUCGGUUGACUGGAUCGGGGCAGCAUUGAUCACGCUCGGACUCUUCGCCCUUCUCUUCGCGCUUACCGAGGGCAACGUCGUCGGCUGGAGCACGCCGUGGAUCCCCGUCCUGAUCGUCGUCUCGCUCGUCCUGGUGGCUCUGUUCAUCGUCUGGCAGCGCCGCCUCGAGAAGGGCGGCAAGCGGGCGCCGCUCAUGAAGGUGUCCAUCUUCCGCAGCGGCCGGUUCGCGGCGGCCAUGCUUAUCAUGGGCGUCUUCUUCAGCAGCUUCAACGGUUUCCUCGUGUACGCCACCUUCUUCUUCCAGGACUACCAGGGCCUCUCGACCGUGCAGACGACCCUCCGCUUCAUCCCCACGGGCGUGUCGGGCGUCAUCACCGCCGCCCUCGUGUCGCAGGUCCUCGCGCGCAUCCCGGCCUACAUGAUCCUCCUCUUCGGCACCCUGUGCGUCUCCCUGUCGAACCUGCUCUUCGCCAUCCCCAUCCCCCCGCACACGACCUACUUCGCCUUCGGCCUGCCCGCCAUGAUCUUCAGCGUCCUCGGCGCCGACACCACCUGGCCGAGCCUGACCCUCUUCACCAGCCAGGCCCUCCCGCAGGAGGACCAGGCCCUGGGCGGCGCCCUCGUCAACUCCAUGGCCCAGGUCGGCCGCUCCAUCGGCCUCGCCAUCGCCACCGCCAUCCAGACGGCCGUCAUGGCCCGCGAGCGCGGCGUGCCCAUCGAGCGCGCGGGGCCCCUCGAGGUCUGGGACGACGCCACCCUGCUGGGCCUCAGGGCCGCCUCGUGGUUCCACUUCGCCCUGGGGGUCACGUCCCUGCUGCUCGUCGGCAUCGCGUUCCGGGGCUCGGGCAUUGUCGGGAGCGCCGGCGUCAAGCAGGCCGCCGCGACGAGGCCGAGCGGCAGCGGAGAGGCGGUUAUGGAAGAGGGGGAUAUGGUUGGGCGUGAGGGCUAGUCGGCCGUAAAUAGCUG